AUGCGGUCCUCACUUAAUCUAUUUGCUGCCGUUGCCCGGAGCCAGCCCUCAAAGCUGAAAAAGCCAGCGAUCAGUCUAGACCAUUUUAUCCAAAGACAACGCGUCCUGGCAUUAUGGCGCGAAAUUGUCCGAGCUUUGAAUAGUACGCGUCUGGCCUCGAGCUCCCUGAAGGCUAUCCAUGGCACUGGCUUACACGAGGAUCUAGAAAUUCCCCCUUCAUCAACACGGGAUGAGCUGCAUUCGUAUGCUCGCCAGGAAUUCGAGCGGCAUCGAGGUGUGACGGAUGUGCCACAUAUAAGAUAUUUACUUUCGACUGGAAAAGCGGAGUUUGACACCAUGAGGAGGUAUAUUGAUGAGCAGGUUGCUGGUUGA